GAAAUAAUGUCUCUUAUUUCCAAGUGUCCCCCCUUAGCAAACUUCUUCCUCAGUGUUCUUUCUCCAGAAACUUGUAUAAUUCUUCUUCAAACCGUGUACUUAAUAGAAGAAAAAAUGGUGAAAACAAGAGUAAGCUUUAUGAGGUUAUUUCUUGUGUUACCAAUGGCUGUAGCCUUUCUACCAUCCCAAACUGAGGCACUAAUGACAUACACAUGCUCCUUUUGGGACAUAAUACAGGACCCUUUCAGGAUUCUUGAACAAACCCCACUUACCAUCCCAAAAGGGGUCGAAUCAAUCGCCUUAGCUCGCUCAGAUUGAAAGGAAACAGCAACGGAUCACGUAAUUACACUUGACAUAUCAGGGAUGAAGACUCCAUUUCUUACCACUAGUGUUGCUUUAUUUGCUUUGUGUGUCUGCCUUCUGCUGACGUUAUUUUCUUUUCAUUACCGCCUGGAUUACUUCCUUUGAGCUGACGGUUUAUCAAAAACAGUCUCUCUACCCCAUUCCCACAAAGAUAGGGUAAGGUCCGUAUACAUCCUACCCUUCUUAGACUCCACUGGGCAUGUUGUUGCUGUUGUGUACCAGGGAUGAAGAAGGAGGACAUCAAGAUUGAGGUGGAAGAAAACAGGGUGUUAAGAGUCAGUGGGGAAAGGAAAAUGGAUGAAGAAAUUGAAGGGGAGAAGUGGCACAGAACUGAGAGAACUUCAGGAAAAUUCUGGAGACAGUUUAGACUUCCUGGAAAUGCUGAUUUGGAACGCAUUAAGGCUCAUCUGGAAAAUGGUGUCUUGAAUAUUAUUGUGCCUAAUUUGGCUGAAGAGAAGAAGAAGCAGAUUAAGGUGAUUAGUAUUGCCGAGGAAAGCAACUCUGCUGGUGGCCACGAUAUUAAGCUUCCAAAGCUGAGUUUUAAACUAACAAGGGUGAAGUUUGGUUUAUUUAUGUGUCUUGGCUUUGUGUGUCUGUAAUAAAGUUCUUGAAAAUGUAAUUAGACUUAUGAUUUUGAUAUUGAUCCUUCUCUAAAGACCAUUGCUUGCUGGUCUCCAUGUUCAUUCAGAACCCGGUGUAUGUUAGGGACUUGUUUGUACAAUUUUAAGUGAA